GGCCGAUCACAAACAUAAAACAACAACAGCUCCCCUCCUUUCCCACUUUGCUGAUUGUCGAUCUUCACACACCUUCUUGUCUCUUGACCUCUUGCUUCCUACAACAUCAUCUCUCAUCUACCCGCAAUACAUCCCUAUCAUCACACCUACCGGUUUAUCUUGUGUUCCUCUCUCCCAGUGUCGGCUUUCAAGGUGAUAGGUUCAAAGAUCCUGUACCUGUCCCCUGAGGUCCCUCAUACUUGUAGUUCGAGUCCCUUCACCUUUCGAAACCAACGAUAAUCUGUUUUGGCUGCCCCCUUGCAUAACAAUGUGUGGUAUCUUCGGCUACAUCAACUACCUUGUGGAAAGAGACCGCAAGUUUGUCCUUGACACUCUGCUCAAUGGCCUCUCGAGACUUGAAUACCGAGGCUAUGACUCGGCAGGCCUUGCCGUUGACGGCAACAAGAAGAAUGAAGUCUGUGCAUUCAAAGAAGUUGGGAAGGUUGCCAAAUUGAAGGAGCUCAUCGAGGAGUGCAAACCGGAUUUGACAAAGACCUUUGAGUCUCACGCUGGCAUUGCUCAUACGCGCUGGGCGACUCACGGCACACCUUCACGUCAAAAUUGCCAUCCUCAUAGGUCUGAUCCUAAUUGGGAGUUCUCUGUUGUCCAUAAUGGGAUCAUUACCAACUACAAGGAACUGAAGGCUUUGCUGGAAAGCAAAGGCUUUCGUUUCGAAACCGAAACCGACACAGAAUGUAUUGCCAAAUUGACAAAGUACUUGUAUGAUCAGCAGCCCGACAUCGACUUCACGGUAUUGGCAAAGGCGGUCGUGAAGGAGCUGGAAGGAGCCUUUGGUCUCCUCAUCAAGUCUGUACACUACCCCCAUGAGGUCAUUGCUGCCCGGAAGGGUUCACCACUCGUCGUCGGCGUGAAGACCUCGAAGAAGAUGAAGGUCGACUUCGUCGAUGUUGAAUUCUCAGAAGAGGGCGCUCUUCCUGCUGAGCAAGCCUCUCAACAUGUUGCCAUGAAGAAGUCCGCCACUGGGCUGCUUGCUCCUCCCGACAAGUCUCUUCUUCAUCGAUCGCAGUCCCGUGCUUUCCUCUCCGAUGAUGGAGUUCCCCAGCCCGUGGAGUUCUUCUUGUCCUCCGAUCCAUCUGCAAUCGUCGAGCACACAAAGAAGGUUCUGUACCUCGAGGAUGAUGACAUUGCUCAUAUCCAUGAAGGACAGCUCAAUAUCCAUCGACUUACAAAGGAUGACGGUACCUCCAAUGUUCGCGCCAUCCAGACAAUUGAACUUGAACUCCAGGAGAUUAUGAAGGGUAAAUUCGACCAUUUCAUGCAAAAGGAGAUUUUUGAACAACCAGAGUCCGUGGUGAACACCAUGAGGGGUCGACUGGAUGUUGCGAAUAAACAAGUCACCCUUGGCGGUCUUCGACAGUACAUUUCCACUAUUCGUCGCUGCAGGAGAAUCAUCUUUGUUGCAUGCGGAACCAGCUACCACUCGUGUAUGGCCGUGCGUGGCGUGUUUGAGGAGCUUACUGAGAUCCCCAUUUCCGUGGAGCUCGCAUCCGAUUUCUUGGACAGACAGGCACCGGUUUUCCGGGAUGACACAUGCGUGUUUGUUUCUCAAUCUGGAGAGACUGCCGACUCGCUCAUGGCUCUUCGCUACUGCCUUGAACGGGGUGCCUUGACUGUUGGUGUUGUGAAUGUUGUGGGAUCGUCUAUUUCUCUCUUGACCCAUUGUGGUGUGCACAUUAAUGCUGGUCCCGAGAUUGGUGUCGCUUCGACUAAGGCAUACACCUCCCAAUUCGUUGCCAUGGUUAUGUUUGCACUUUCCCUUAGUGAGGAUAGGGCCUCGAAACAGAAGAGACGGGAGGAAAUCAUGGAAGGCCUCUCGAAGGUUUCUGAACAGUUUAAGGAGAUCCUGAAGCUUAACGACCCUAUAAAACAGAUGUGCGCAAACUUUUUCAAAAAUCAGAAAAGCUUGCUUCUUUUGGGACGAGGGAGUCAAUUCCCAACCGCACUGGAAGGUGCUCUCAAGAUCAAGGAAAUUUCUUAUCUCCACUGCGAGGCCGUGAUGUCUGGUGAACUGAAACAUGGCGUUCUUGCUCUGGUCGAUGAGAAUUUGCCUAUAAUCAUGAUUCUCACUCGAGAUAAUAUUUUCAUCAAAUCAGUUAAUGCCUACCAGCAAGUCAUUGCCCGAGGUGGUCGCCCUAUCGUGAUCUGCAAUCACGAUGACCCCGAGUUUUCCACUGCGCAGACCGAAAAGAUUGAGGUUCCGAAGACUGUUGAUUGUCUUCAAGGACUUCUGAAUGUGAUCCCCCUGCAGUUGAUUGCAUACUGGCUCGCCGUGCUCGAGGGCCUCAAUGUUGACUUUCCUCGCAAUCUGGCCAAGUCGGUUACUGUUGAAUAGGCUCGGUUCGCUGCCCAGGCCUAAUCAUAGGUGUAUUUGCAUCUACUGCAGUAUCCAUGCAAACUCGUGGUAGUAUUUUUCUGUCAUCCUUAGCAUUUCCCCUGUAAUGACAUUGGGACUAUAACGUUUGAAGUUCCCGAUUCAAGACUGCUUUUGUAUUGCUCCUUCGAGCCGCUGCGCGCAUAUGUUGUGAUUCUUUUUUUGUUUCUUCUUACUUUUAUUUUUUUAUGUCCACCCUGCUUGCUUUCAAACGAGGCCGGGCAGUCUAGCCACCAACUGAAACAAUGAGUAUCCGGGAUUACUCACCGUACAUAGAAUUUUUGAUUGGUGCCUUUAUUCAUGGACGUUCCUGAUCUUUUCGAA